UUCUUCGUUUUUCCUUUUCUUUAGUUAUUUAAUGUGUUAUGUUGAGGAUGGAGGUACAAUGUAGUGGGCUUCUCAUAGAUUUUAACUUCUCUUACAUAGUUUUUUUCGACGGCCAUACUUCUUCAAUUGGGCGUUUGAAUGAUGAUGUGUAAUUCCUUUUUUCUUUUCCCCUCUUAAAUCCUUAAGGAGCAUUGAAUAUUGGUUUGGGUUUAUAACGACGUAGUUUUCUUACUCUUUGAAUAUUUAGUCAGUCCGACUGGGGUUUUUGGUUCUGAAAGAAAAAAAAACCGAAGCUUUGAGCUUUUCUGUAGAUCUUUUUAAUCUGGCGCUGUUCCAGAAUUUCAAGGAAAAUUUGAUGGGCAUUCAGCAGAAUAUAUAGAUCUGUUUAUAAAACAAUGUUUUUUAUUGGUCAGAGAAAGUUAUUAUUUGUAAUUUAAGACACACACUGGGAAUUAUCUGAAGAAAGCAUUCUUGUAAGGAAUGGGGAAAAAAGGGCGAUGGUUGUCAGCCGUGAAAAGGGUCUUCAGCUGCGAAUCGAACGAAAACAGAAGAAAGCACAAGAGGAGCAUAGAUUUAGCUUCUUCAAGUCCAGAUAAUGCGGCCCCAAAUCAUUCUCCAAGAGAGGAGGUGAAGUUGAAUGAGGCAGAGCUCGAACAGAACAGACAUGCUUAUUCCGUUGCCAUAGCCACAGCCGCUGCUGCCGAGGCGGCGGCAGCCGCUGCUAAUGCCGCUGCCGAGGUUGUUCGUCUCACGGCUGCCGCUCAUCAUUUAGGCAAAUCGAAGGAGGAGAUUGCUGCUAUCAAGAUUCAGACAGCUUUCCGGGGAUAUUUGGCAAGGAGAGCAUUGAGGGCUUUGAGAGGUCUAGUGAGGCUAAAAUCAUUGGUCGGGGGUCAAUCGGUCAAACGCCAAGCCGCCUCCACCUUAAAAUAUAUGCAGACAUUGGCUCAUGUUCAAACCGAGAUUCGAGCUAGGAGACUAAGAAUGUCUGAACGCAACUCGGCCAUUACCCGGCAAAUCCAGCAGAAACGUGAGAAGGAGCUUGGGAAGUCUAGAGGAUCCGUAGAAGAGGAUUGGGAUGAUAGCGUACAGUCUAAAGAGCAGAUUGAAGCAAGUCUUCAGCAUAAGCAAGAAGCUGCUAUGAGAAGGGAACGUGCUUUGGCUUAUGCAUAUACACAUCAGCAAACAUGGAGAAACGAGCCUACUUCCACGAACCAAACUACGUUCAUGGACCCAAAUAAUCCCCACUGGGGCUGGAGCUGGUUAGAACGGUGGAUGGCUGCUCGCCCAUUCGAAAACGGGCCCACCACAAAAGAACCAAACAGCGACCGCUUUUCCAUAAAAAGCACCACCACCAAAUCACCUUCCGGAAAAACUCCACUCCCGAAGCAAAACAGCCGCCCGCCGAGCAGGAACUCACCUUCAACCCCCAAGUCCACAAGGCCCACCUCCUCCAAGCUAAGGCCCGCAAGCCCAAUAGGCCCAUCUCAGAGUGGCAGAGAGGAUGAGUCAAACAGCAUCAACAGUGUCCAGUCAGAGAUUUGCCGGAGGCGCCGCCACAGCAUAGCUGGCGGCUCGUCCGUGAGGGACGACGAGAGCCUCGCCAGCUCGCCUGCCGUUGUUCAAGGUUACAUGGCGUCGACCGAGUCAGCUCGGGCCAGGGCCCGAUUGGCUAGCCCAAUUGGGUCCGCUAAGAAGCGGCUCUCGUUUUCUGGGUCGCCUGGUGGUGGGCCCCACCGAAGGCACUCGGGUCCACCAAGGGUGGAUAUUAGUUCCAUGCGGGAUAUUUCUGCAGAAUGA